CGAAAUCGAAGUCGAAGUCGAAAGCACACUCGAAAUCCCACAUACUUUGUAGUUUGUACUAAAUUAAGAGUAGCAGCUCGGAUCGAAGGCUUCCAUGGCUCCCGUCGCCCCCAGAUCUGGAGACGCCAUUUUCGCCAACGUAGAGCGAGUGAACGCGGAGCUCUUCACUCUAACGUAUGGCGCGAUCGUGCGUCAACUGCUCACCGAUCUGGAGGAGGUUGAUGAAGUCAACAAGCAGCUUGAUCAAAUGGGGUAUAACAUUGGAGUUCGGCUAAUUGAUGAGUUCCUUGCAAAGUCGAAUGUUUCUAGAUGUGUGGAUUUCAAGGAAACGGCUGAAGUCAUUGCCAAGGUUGGUUUUAAAAUGUUCUUGGGUGUCACAGCAACUGUGUCCAAUUGGGAUGCGGAUGGAACAACCUGCAGUCUAAUUCUUGAGGACAACCCACUGGUGGACUUUGUUGAGCUUCCUGAUACUUGUCAAGGUCUAUAUUAUUGCAAUAUCUUAAGUGGAGUUGUCAGGGGGGCAUUAGAGAUGGUGUCAAUGAAAACUGAGGUCACUUGGAUCCGUGAUAUGCUUCGAGGGGAUGAUGUGUUCGAGUUGCAGUUGAAGUUGCUCAAGCAAGUUCCCGAGGAGUACCCUUAUAAGGAUGAUGAGUAACAUGCUUUCUUUAUGCUCAGUAUAAUGUAAAUACAAUUUGUCAAGUUUUGUGCUUGUCCUUACUUAAUAAUUACUUAAACAUUACACUUUAGUUUCUUUCCUUCCCUGAUUGACUUUUUCAACUUAAAUAUUUGGAAUUAAAUAUGAUCUUCCUGACUUUCCUCC